GUAUCACAUAAUAUAUAGGCUUAUCUUCUUUUGGUCACGGAGACUUGAGCAGCAAUGGCAGCCUUAAGCUGCCAGUUUCAUUCCAUCAACUACUUGAAUUCUCAAAUGGUCAAAAGCAGAAGCAAGCAUUCUAUAAUUUCCUGCUCAGCACAACCUAUACAAAGCAAUAUAAAGGUUGUAAUAAAUGGAGCAGCAAAGGAAAUAGGAAGAGCAGCAGUAUUAGCUGUGACAAAGGCCAGAGGAAUGGAAGUUGCUGGAGCUAUUGAUACUCAACAUGUUGGGGAAGAUAUUGGACAGCUUUGUGGCAUGGAUGAGCCUCUUGAAAUACCUAUACUAAAUGACCUUACUAUGGUUUUGGGCUCUAUAUCUCAGUCCAAGGCCACAGCGGUUGUAGUCGAUUUCACCGACCCUUCUGCAGUGUAUGACAAUGUAAAACAGGCAACAGCAUUUGGCAUGAAAAGUGUCGUGUACGUGCCGCGAAUCAAAUUAGAUACGGUUGCAGCAUUAUCUGCAUUCUGUGAGAAGGCCAGCAUGGGUGUCCUUGUUGCUCCAACCCUUUCCAUAGGAUCAAUAUUAUUGCAGCAGGCUGCAAUUUCAGCCUCUUUCCAUUACCGCAACGUCGAAAUUGUGGAAUCCAAGGCUAAUGCAAAUGAUCUUCCAUCAGCAGAAGCAAACCAAAUUGCUAACAAUCUCUCUAACCUCGGUCAAAUCUAUAACAGAGAAGACUCCUCAACAGAUGUCUUGGCAAGGGGUCAAGUUUUGGGAGAUGGAAUUCGCGUGCACAGUUUGGUUUUACCAGGGCUUCCCUCUAGUACAACAGUUCACUUUUCUGGUCUAGGAGAGAUUUACACCAUCAAGCAUGAUAUCACAGAUGUACAAUGUCUUAUGCCUGGCUUGUUGUUAGCCAUUAGAAAAGUAGUGCGCCUCAAGAACCUGGUAUACGGCUUGGAGAAGUUUUUGUGAUCAUAUGCUAAUGCUACCUUGGUUAAAUUCAAGCAACUCACUGGACCAGCUUGUUGACAAAUAUCGUAGACAAGGUUUGAUUGAAAAUAAAUGAAAAAAUAACCUCCGAAUUUAUCUCUACACAUUAGCAUUCUGAACGUGAUUCGAUGAUUUUGUAAGGACUUUUUUUAAUUCAGAACAUACAAUAAAGUCAUUCAUCUUUUACACAA